AUGUCGUCCAAGAUCGAGGACGCCGUCAUGGCUCAUCAGGUUGACGUCGAAAAGGACGUCGUCAAGGAAGAGGACACCACUCGCGACGACGUCUCCGACGCUGACAAGCCGCCCAGCGACGAGGAGCGGCGCCUCGUGCGGCGGCAAGACGCGCGCAUCGUGCCGCUCUGCGCCGGCAUCUACUUCCUGUGCUUCCUCGACCGCGCCAACAUUGGCAACGCCAAGGUGCUCAACUCGUCGACGCGCGACGACAUGCAGCACACCACGGGCAUGUCCGACUACCAGUUCGUCAUCGCCCUCAUGGUCUUCCUCGUCGCCUACGCCGUCUUCGAGGUCCCGAGCAAUAUCCUGCUCAAGAAGCUGCGGCCCAGCCGCUGGCUCGCCUUUCUCAUGUUUUGCUGGGGCGUCAUGACCAUGUGCCUUGGCGCCGCGCGCAGCUUCGCCAGCGUCACGGCCGUGCGCUUCCUGCUCGGCAUGUUUGAGGCCGGCCUGUUUCCGGGCCUGAUUUACUACUUGACGUUUUGGUACAGGCACAAUGAGCGAAGUGUCCGAGUCGCCUUCAUUCUGGCGUCGGCUACGCUGGCGGGUGCUUUUGGCGGCGCCAUUGCCUACGGCAUCGGCCACAUGAACCACGCGGCCGGCAUCGCAGGCUGGCGCUGGCUCUUCAUCAUCGAGGGCAUCCCCUCGGUGCUCUCCUCCUUCCUGGUGCUCUUCUUCCUGCCAGACUACCCGGAGACGGCCGGCUGGCUGACCGAGGCUGAGCGGGCGCUGGCCGUCGGACGCCUGCGGCACGAGGGCAGCAAGGGCCACGACCGGAGCAUGAGCUGGCAGGAUGCCAAGGCGACGCUGACUGACUGGCGGCUGUACGCGCACUACAUCAUCUAUUUUGCCAUUAGCCCGCCCUUUGCGAGCCUCAGUCUGUUUACGCCGUCCAUCACGCUGGGCUUGGGGUACCGCGACCUGACGGCGCAGCUGAUGACUGUGCCGCCAUGGGCUGUUGCGUACGUUUGUCAGAUUCUGGUUGCGCUGUCCGCGGACAGAUUCAACGCGCGCGGCUACCAUGCCGCGGGCGCCGCCCUCGUCGGGGCCACUGGCUUCAUCAUCUCGGGGGCGCUGCCGCCGGACGCGUACAAGGCGCGGUACGGCGGGCUCGUCAUGGCGACGGCGGGCGCGUUUGCCUGCAUCCCGCCGCUGCUGGGCUGGCUGACGUCCAACGUGGUGAGCACGGCGGCGGUCGGGCUGGCUAUUGCGCUCAACGUGAGCAUCGGCGGCGGGCUCGGCCAGAUCCCGGGCGUGUGGAUCUACAAGGCGAGCGAAAAGGCAAAGGGCUACCCGACGGGCCACUGGACCAACGCGGGCUUCUUGCUCUUUGUCACGGCGGUGUCGCUGGGGCUGCGCGUGUUUUACGCGCGCAAGAAUGGGCAACUCGCAGCGGACGCGGCGCGGCGCGGCGUACCGGCGCGGUUGUACAAGCUGUAG